ACGCUGUCAGACGGGAGUGAUACACGUGCUGGAGUUAGCCGCAGAGAGAACAUGAGCACUUGUCUGUUGAGGUUGAAGAGGCUCGAAAAGGCAGCAAAUAUCUCUCACGGUGCCGUUUUCUGGUCCUCUUCUUUUCAUUAGCACACGCUCAGACUGCUAAGAGGGCGCACGGAGGAGCCUGACGACGCACUGAAGGGUAACUGAACGAGGAGGAGAGCAACUCGCGGCGCGAAAGAGGAAAGUUGUCGGUGUCUGAGCCGGUGCGGCUUGAGAGAGUGUUUUUGUGUUUCUGUAUACGCACCUCGGCAGCUUGUUAGGGUGAUUUAUUUACAGUCGAAGGCUGAUAAGAGGACUGGUGAAGGCUGUUUGGACAGCAUGGCGGACUACCUGAUCAGCGGGCAAACCGGUUACGUCCCCGAUGACGGGCUGACGGGACAGCAGCUGUUCAACGGAGGAGACGGACUCACAUACAAUGACUUCCUGAUUCUGCCAGGCUACAUUGACUUCACUGCUGAUCAAGUGGACCUGACAUCAGCGCUCACCAAACAAAUCACCAUGAAGACUCCCUUCGUUUCCUCUCCUAUGGACACUGUCACUGAAGCCAACAUGGCCAUCGCUAUGGCACUAACAGGCGGUAUAGGCUUCAUUCACCACAACUGCACUCCAGAGUUCCAGGCUAAUGAAGUUCGCAAAGUCAAGCGAUACGAGCAGGGCUUCAUCACAGAUCCUGUGGUGAUGAGCCCCAACGAGCGAGUAAGGGAUGUCUUCCAGGCCAAGGCACGCCAUGGGUUCUGUGGCAUCCCUGUCACAGAUAACGGCAAAAUGGGCGGCAAGUUGGUGGGCAUCAUCUCAUCCAGAGACAUCGAUUUUCUGAAGGUGGAGGACCACGACCUUCCACUGAGUGAGGUGAUGACAAAGCGAGAGGAUCUGGUGGUUGCCCCCGCUGGGGUGACUCUGAAAGAAGCCAAUGAAAUCCUCCAGAGGAGUAAGAAAGGUAAAUUGCCCAUAGUGAAUGAAGAGGGGUCCCUGGUGUCCAUCAUCGCUCGCACAGACUUGAAGAAGAACAGAGACUUCCCCUUAGCUUCCAAAGAUUCUCGGAAACAGCUGCUGUGUGGUGCAGCCAUCGGCACACACGAUGACGACAAGUACCGACUGGACCUGUUGGUGCAGAGCGGAGUGGAUGCGGUUGUACUAGACUCAUCUCAGGGCAACUCGAUCUUCCAGAUCAAUAUGAUCAAAUAUAUUAAAGAAAAGUACCCCAACCUGCAGGUCAUCGGUGGCAAUGUCGUGACUGCAGCUCAGGCCAAGAAUCUGAUUGAUGCAGGCGUGGAUGCACUGAGAGUGGGGAUGGGCAGCGGCUCCAUCUGCAUCACGCAGGAAGCUCCCCUCAGUGUACCACCAGCUAUAAAGCUCCACAGCCCCAAAACCCCAACCACUGUUACAGGAUACUCCAUGCUGGCAUGUGGCAGACCCCAAGCCACAGCUGUCUAUAAGGUUUCAGAGUAUGCCAGGCGUUUUGGCGUUCCGGUCAUCGCUGAUGGCGGCAUCCAAACCGUUGGCCACACCGCAAAGGCCCUAGCACUUGGAGCAUCCACAGUGAUGAUGGGUUCUCUGCUGGCUGCUACUAGUGAAGCUCCUGGUGAAUAUUUCUUCUCUGAUGGCAUCAGGCUGAAGAAAUACCGUGGCAUGGGCUCCCUGGACGCCAUGGACAAAAACCUGGGCUCCCAGACCAGAUACUUCAGUGAGAACGAUAAGAUUAAAGUCGCUCAGGGUGUUUCCGGAGCUGUGCAGGACAAAGGCUCCAUCCACAAGUUUGUUCCUUACCUGCUCGCUGGCAUUCAGCACUCCUGCCAGGACAUCGGAGCCAAAAGCCUAACCCAACUCAGAGCCAUGAUGUACUCUGGAGACCUGAAAUUUGAAAAGAGAACCACAUCAGCUCAGAAAGAAGGCGGAGUCCACAGCUUGCACAGUUACGAGAAACGUCUCUUUUAAGGAGAAGCUUGUCUUCUGAUGAAGAAUCCUUCCAACAGACAUUAUGCAAAAACACUACUUGCCAGAUCAUCUGAUAGCUGUAUUUGACGCACACCCACAACUACACUUCUCAUUAGAGUAGUCUGUAAAGAUCAACCUCUCUCAAACUCCACUCUUCCAGUGAUCCAUUAGUCUUCCUGCCAGUGUCAUCUAUGCAUCGUCUGUUUUAAAUGUGAAGGACGGAAUUAAAGCAUUUCAAUAAGUGCACGGGUGAUUGUGUCAUGAAAAUAUCCAGUGCUUUUCAUGUUGUUUCAAAGUAUUUGAACCCUGCUGUGUCCAUUUCAAGAUGAAAAAUGUCCAGUAAUAAAGCAUGUGUUUUUCAUAA